UAGGAGUCCAAUCUCCAGACUCCUUCAUCCCAGCCUUGACUGUUAAUAUUCCAUUGAAUUAUAGCCUGGGGCAGAGUUUCUUUGGUUUGACAACGGUACUGCAGAACAGAUGGCUAAAACAGAACUGUCUCUCAGGCUGAUCGAGUUAGAUGUUGACAGACAAAUAGUAGACUUGAUGUGAGUUUAUUUCAAUGUCUAAGGUUGAAGGGAGAACUCGAUGCCUAUCAAAAACAGCUCACCAACAGCAAUGAGCUCCUCAAGUCAUUUUGUGAGGAGAUGCAGGGGUCCAAGCAGAUGAGGACAGCUGCAGUCAACCCCACUGGUAAUGUAUACAAGAAGGUCCCUCACUUCUUCUCUCCAUCUACAGUUAUUCUUGCUAGAUGUGAUGUUGAUUCUGUUGAGUUGCUACACUUUCAUCCAACAUCAGAGUUUGGAGGCGGUCUCCCGGACAACCCCAAGCUAAAUCAACUCCUCUCUGAGAUCCAGCGAAUCAGAGCACAGCAUGCCGAUAAGGACACAAUACGGACUAAAGCUACAGAGGAGAAACACCCUGAGCAUUCUGGUUGGCCCGAGUGCCCUCCAAUGAUCAUCAACAUCAACUAUGUGGAGUGUGGAGCAUCCAGGCAUUCAAACAGGAGCAGUCCUUCAGGGAGAAGAGAUCAUGCCAAGAAGGACAAUGACAACCUCUCACAAAGCAGCCUUACUUCCAGCAUAGAUGACUCGGUCCCGUCCUUAUUGAACAGUAGCCUAUCCCCACUGUGGGCAAAUGACAAGAGCCCUAAUGUCACUGGCCAGGAAGAUGAUUGCAUCAACAUGCAGAGACUGAUAUCAGAAGGGAAGACAAUGACCAAUAAGAUGAGUAGGCUACUACAGGGGUGCCACAACAACAAUUCCAAUCCCACGUCACAGUCAGCAGUGGAUCAGAAGUACAUCAAGCAUCUCUCAUCUACCAUCGGUGCCUGUCAUCUUCUGAGGCUCCAAGAAAGGCGUUCUCAGAGUGACUCUGUGAAUUUCUCCCAGAGCCAAGAGAAUUUCUACUUGGAAAAUCUGAAACUGAAGAAUAAAAUUGAGAUAAUGAAGAGGGAGCAAUCUCAAAACAAGAAGAUGCUUUCUGAGGCUGUCAAACGACUGAGAAGAGUGAACCUGGGGAAAGUAGGGAGAGUGAUUGAAUAGCAGCAAAUGAUCAUCAUUCCACUAAGCCAAUCUUUGUUUCAUGGAUUCAAAUAGAAAGAAUUGGAGCUUCCCUCAUCAGUCUUAAUAAAAGUUUGCCAUUGC